AUGUCUUUUGAAUCCAACAACCUUCACUUUAUCUUGGUUCCUCUCUUUGCUCAAGGCCACAUGAUCCCAAUGAUAGACAUGGCAAGAAUCCUAGCAGAACAAAAUGUGACAGUCACUUUACUCACAACACCUCAAAACACUUCAAGAUUUCACAAAACAAUCCAUACAUCAACAAAAUCAGGCCUUCCAAUCCACCUCCUUGAACUCCCAUUUCCAUCUCAAGAAGCUCAACUUCCAUUCUCCUGCGAAAAUCUCGACACUCUACCAUCAAGAAACCUUCUCAGAAACUUCUACAAUGCACUUCACAUGCUUCAAGAGCCUCUAGAAAACUACAUCACAAACCAUUCUUUCCCACCAAGUUGCAUUAUAUCAGACAAAUGCAUCUCUUGGACAUCCUCAACAGCGAAAAAGUUCAACGUUCCGAGACUUGUUUUCCACGGCAUGUCUUGUUUCUCAUUACUCACCUCUCAUAAUAUCAAACUGCACAAUGCUCAUCAUUCUGUCGAUUCCGACACCGACCCUUUCGUGAUCCCUGGAGUAAUGCCUCAGAGGAUUGAGAUAACAAGAGCUCAACUUCCAGGAACAUUUGUUUCUCUUCCUGAUCUUGAUGACUAUAGAGACAAAAUGCAUGAAGCUGAAAUGUCUUCACAUGGAGUUGUUGUAAAUAGUUUUGAGGAGUUAGAACAUGGUUGUGCUCAAGAGUAUGAGAAAGUCAUGAACAAAAGAGUUUGGUGCAUAGGUCCAGUUUCUUUAUGCAAUAAAGAGAGUUUAGAUAAGUUUGAGAGAGGAAACAAAUCUUGUAUUGAAGAGAAACAAUGCUUGGAAUGGCUUAACCUAAUGGAAACAAGGUCAGUUAUUUAUGUAUGUCUUGGUAGUUUAUGUAGACUUGUUACAUCACAAUUGAUAGAGAUUGGUUUAGGUUUAGAAUCAUCAAAUAGACCAUUUAUUUGGGUGGUGAAAACCAAUGGUGAGAAUUAUUUAGAGCUAGAAAAUUGGUUAAAAAGUGAAAAUUUUGAGGAAAGGGUUAGAGGAAAAGGACUUUUGAUUAAAGGAUGGGCACCACAAAUUUUGAUACUUUCUCAUCCUUCCAUUGGAGGAUUCUUAACACAUUGUGGAUGGAAUUCAACUAUAGAAAGUGUGUGUUUUGGGGUGCCAAUGAUAACAUGGCCUUUAUUUGCUGAACAGUUUGUGAAUGAGAAGUUUAUUGUUGAAGUGCUAAAGAUUGGAGUUGGGAUUGGUGUUGAGGUUCCAGUGAGGUUUGGUGAUGAAAAGAAAGCUGGAGUGUUGGUGAAGAAAAGUAGAGUUGUUGAAGUUAUAGAGAUGUGUAUGGAAGGAGGUGUAGAAGGAGAAAAGAGGAGGUGUAGAGCAAAAGAAUUUGGAAAUAUGGCUACAAAGGCUUUAGAUGUGGAUGAAGGUUCUUCUCACUUCAAUAUUUCAUGUUUAAUUCAAGAUAUUAUAGAUUAUCAUUCUAAUAAAAACUAUUAG